AUAACACCUAAAGCACCUAAAGCACCUAGACAACCUAUAAUACCCCAAGGUCCUUAUAUCCCUGCUCCUCCACCUAUAAGACCAGGGCAAAGAUAUUUUGAGUUUCGAGAUUGGUUUAACUGUAAGGGUUACUUGAAGGGGAACCACAAUUUGAAGAGUUUAAUUGCAAAUUUCUUGAUUCCUACACAAUGGGAUAGGCUUAAUAAUGGUACAUUUCGAUACAUUAUGGCUAUGGAGAAUUUCAAAUGCAGCAUGAAGUUGGUUCAUUGUUUGUGUCUUUCUCGAAUAUUCACCAAUGAUCGAGACUCCAUUAGUUUCAAGAUUUUUGGCCAUGAUGUUUCCUUCACCCUUGAAGACUUUCACAUUAUGUGCAGUUUGCGGAUCACAAUACAUAAAGUUGAAAAACUAAUUAAUCGAGAGAUCAAUAUUCUGAAGCGUUAUUUUGGUAAGUCCAAGGGUGUGACUUUGAAGGAUAUUCGAGAUUUUAUGACUCGGAAUAAAAUUCCAAAGAAUGCCGUGAAUCACAUACACGUAUGCGAGAGCGACGAUGAUGAUGUGAAGCUUAUGAAAAUUCUUGUUGUAGAGUCUAUUUUGUUUGGGAAAAAGACCGAGUCAUCUGUGAUGGAGGAGUAUGCUUCUAUUGUUGAAGAUGAUAAGGUUUGUGCUGAAUAUCCUUGGGGUAAUGUGGCUUAUGAGAAGCUCAUUUACUCACUAAAACAUGCAUUGGACAAGCAGAACAAAUUACGUUCAACUGAGUAUAAACUUGAUGGAUUUCCAUAUCCGUUAUGUGCUUGGUUCUAUGAGCACUUCCCAGAUAUUCGGGAGAAGUAUAUAAGAGAGGAUGAGUACCUUGAUACCCCCCAGGUUCCCAGGAUGUUACGUUAUAGAUAUCACAACUUUAGGGUAUUGGAUAUAAUUCCUACAGAAGAGGAAUUGAAUUCAAUGCCUUUAAUUGGACAAUUACCAUGUAGCCGGAUUCGUUCAAAGAGGUUAACGAUGGAGGUUCAAAGGAAUGCAGAAAAAGAAAGAAGAACGAUCGUAAAAGAAGUUUUCGAUAAGUUUAAAAAGGAGGAGCGAUCUGCUAUUGUGGAUGCAGUUUUUGUAAAAGUGAAGGAAUAUUUCGAUGAGAAGUUUGAACAGUUGUUUAAGAUUGUCAACAAAUCAAAUAGAAUGGACGAUGACUAUUUUGAUUUGAGUAACCAUCGAGAAUAUGAUAGGGUGAACGACUGUUACGAACAUCCAUCGGAUAUUAAUGUUGUUGAUGAUGCAGAUGUAAAUGCUACACGUGAGGAAGCGGCUUUUGAAAGCGAUAAACAUGUUCAAGAACAAGUUGAAGAGGAACGUUCCAGUGCUGAUAGAUUGAGUAAAGAUGGAAAUGAUGAAGCACAGUUAUCAACUGAGAAUAUUGGAAGCAAGCAAGGUACCAAUAAUCAAGUUGUUGAGACUGAAGAACAUACUGCUCAUGAUGCAUUGCGUAAAGUCGCAGAUGAUAAUGCUACACGUAAGGAAGCGGUUGUUGAAGGCGAUGAACAUGUUCAACAACAAGGUAGAGAGGAACAAUCUAGUGUUUGUAGGUAG